CGCCGCCGCCGGGCCGGGGGCUGCCGCCGCUCUCACCUCGCCGCGGCUGGGUCAUUCCUCCCCUCCCGGUCCCUCUGAGUCGCUCUGGUCCCUCAUUCCAGUGUGGAAAUCGAUGAGUUGAAGUUAUGCAUUUGACCUGGAAGAGCCACACUGCUGGCACUUUGGGGACCCUGUGAACUGGAACGGGAGAGGAGCCUGCCGGCAGGUGGAAUGGGGCAGCCAUGAACGGCGAUGCCCUGUGCCAGGAGCCCUCCUCCCCACUCCCCGACUGGAGGGAGUUCUGCAAGCUGCACGCCCAGGCGGCCGCCGUCGACUUCGCCCAGAAGUUCUGCCAGUUCCUGAAGGAGAACCCCCACUACGACACCCCCGGGGCAGAGACCUCCUUCUCCCACCACUUCACCGCCAACUUCCUGGACAUCUUCAGCCUGGAGGUCAGCCGGGUGUUCGUGUCCGACUCGCCCACCAAGUACAACAUCGUGCCCUUCGUGGGGCUGCAGAACUGCCACGUCCCCUACGGGCGGGAGGUCACCCCGAGGAAGGAGGAGACGUCCACCGAGUCCCUGGACAGCAUGGACACCCAGCUGGGUGCCAGCCGGUACCUGACCCCGGCGCAGCAGGUGCAGGCACGCAAGGUGUCCUCCUACGGCCAGUCCCGCAGCUCAGAGGAUGUCUCCAUCCACGCCGCUGCCAAGCCCAAGUUCAAGAAAGGCUUCUCCCUGAGGAACAUGAGCUUGUGCGUGGUGGAUGGCAUGAAGGAGAUGUGGCAUCGCAAGUCCUCUCCCGAGCCGGGCGCCGAGGCUGCUCCCGGCGGCCGGAGGGCUGAGAGGGAGCCGUGGCCGGCCGGGGGCAAGGAACCCGGGGACCCCCGGGAGAAAUGGACCCACAAGCUGCGCCUGUCCAAGGUGCCCUCCUCCAAGGUGGAGCUGGUGGACAUCCAGAGGGAGGGGACGCUGCGCUACAUGGUGGCCGAUGACACGAACUGUGUGGGGAGUUCACAGUGGCAGAAGUGCCGCCUCCUGCUCCGGAAAGCGGUGAAGGUGGAAGGAGAGAGGUUCCUCCUUGAGUUUUAUGUCCCUCCAAAGGCUUCCAAACCCAAGGUGAGCAUCCCGCUGUCGGCCAUCAUCGAGGUCCGCACCACAAUGCCACUGGAGAUGCCCGACAAAGACAACACCUUCGUCCUAAAGGUGGAGAACGGGGCUGAGUACAUCCUGGAGACCAUCGACUCCCUGCAGAAGCACUCCUGGGUGGCGGAUAUCCAGGACUGCAUCGACCCCGGGGACAGCGGGGACGAUAUUGAGCUGGUGUCCUGUGCACAGGGAGGCUGUCUGCCAGGCAAGACAACUUCCUCCAGCUGCGAGUUCCUGGCUGACGAUGUGCCCAAGCCACCGGACAGAUGUGCCCUGCCCAGCGCUCACAACACCACCACGGCCACCGCCGUCCCCGUGUCCCACGGCCGGAGCAGGGACUCCCUGGGGGAGCUUCUCACCCAUGUCCCACUGGAGAACUUCCUGCAGACGCUGGAGUCCUCCCCCACUGCACAUCUCACAGGGGAGGACAGCGAGGCGGAGGCGGAGAUCAACCUCUCUGACUUCCCCUGGUUCCACGGGACUCUCUCUCGGAUCAAGGCGGCUCAGCUGGUGCUCUUCGGGGGCGCCCGGAGCCACGGAUUGUUCGUCAUCCGGCAGAGCGAAACGCGGCCCGGGGAGUAUGUGCUGACCUUCAACUUCCAGGGGAAAGCCAAGCACCUCCGCCUGUCACUGAACGAGAGCGGGCAGUGCCACGUGCAGCACCUCUGGUUCCAGACCAUCUUCGACAUGCUGCGCCACUUCCACACGCAUCCCAUCCCCCUGGAGUCGGGCGGAGCAGCCGACAUCACCCUCCGCAGCUACGUGGUGGCCCAGAGCCCACAGCCCGAUGCCGGCCCCCCACCACCCCUUGUGCCACAGCCCCCAGGCUGCCGGGUCGACCUGCCACCUCCGCACUACUUCUGCAGCACAGCACCCACCGGCCCGCCAGCCCCACCGCCUGCUGAUGGGGUGGCCGUGGCCCCCCCUGUCACUGUCCCCGCACCCUACCACCGCCUGGAGGGUGCCCUGGGCCCCCGGAGCCGCAGCGACAGCACGGAGCGCCGGCCGGAGCCCCCCACCGCCAGUGCCGAGGACUACCACGAGGCUGACAGCGCCCGGAGCCGGACCCGGGCCGUGGAAAACCAGUACUCCUUCUACUGAGGCCCCCCACGCCUGGGGACUGGAUGCGGGGGGGAAGCGGGGCAGCUGUUCCCCUCACCGCUGCACCAGCCUCGCCACCUCCUCCUGCCACCACCAGCAACCCAACCGGGACAUCCUUCUUGCUCCCUGCUGCUUUUGGGAGCUGUGUCAGCAGGAGAUGUCCCAGCUGGACCUUGCGCCAGCCCUAAGGUUGGGGCAGUGCUGGAGGUUUGGGAGGCUGAAAGAGUCAGUGCCAUUUUGGAGCUUGCAACCUCUUCUUUUUCCCUCUGGACCAAGAGCUCUCCGAGGGUCAAGCCGAGCUCCCUGCAUCUCCUCCUGGGUGUGACCAUCGUGGGAUGGCAGCCCGGAGCUGUGACAGGAUCCAUCCCCCAGCCAAAGCACCUUGGCACAUCCAUUCUGGGGCGAGAGCCCAACAUGGCCAACAACCUUCUGGCACCAUCGCCCUGCAAACCAGCUGCCGAGGGACUCUGGCAUUUCGGGAUGACCAUGGAAAUGGCAGAUCUACAUGCAGAGACUGCGCUCACAUACAUGGAUCACUGAGAGGGCACCACUGAGGGUUUAUCCAGGCUGGCCUUUGGGCUCCCUCUGAGGCAUGUGUUUCCCACCCUCUGCCAGGAAAAGUUGUUUUUUUUUUCCCAAAGCUUAAUGAAUUGCAUUCAAGGAAGGGUUUUUCUGCUAUCCUGCCUUUUGUGUUCCUUUGUUUCCUUUCUCUCCUUGCUGUACCUACAGAGAAUCCCUGGGUAACCCCUUUCUUCCUCCCUCUCUUCCUUGGUUUUUUAAAACCUAAGCUCUCUACAAGGGCAACAGCUCAGCCUUCUGCCUGCUCUCUGCCACAGCUGGGCAAUGUUUUCCAUUGAUCAUGGCAAACCUUGGAAAAUAUGACAACACCCCUGCUUUGCAUCAGUUCUUGAUCAUUUGGAAUGUAGAGGGGGUCAGACAGAGGCCCAGGGGCUGUGUCUGGAGGUGAGGGACAGCCCUGCCGUGCAGGUGUUCAGCUGGGCUCCCAGGUAUGAAAACACUACACAUCUUCAGUAACUGCUAUUGAAAGUUACUGUUUUUUCUUAGACAAAUAGAAAUGCCCAGGAAGAGCAAAAGAAGUGGGGCUGUUGCCAGGUGGGUGAGCAGCCAGCCGGCACAGGGGGCCAGGCCAGGCUGAGGGGCAGGACUGCCCUUACCAGUGGUUGAUGUCCCUCCCUAGC